CGUUACUUUGUUCAAGUUAAAAAAUCGAAAGUGAGACUGUUGUGCCAAUAUUCCAGCAACCUCUACCGUCAUUUGGAGCUCCAUGGACUCGACGCGGGAGCUGGAGCUGUCGCUGCCGUUUAUCAUCCUGUUCCUUCUGCUGCUAUGCUUGUGCGUAGUGCUGCUGUGUCAUGGCGUUGACCCUCUACGCAUGCUGCGUUCGUCGUUCAAGGCGCCACAUCGGCCGCACAUCUCCGUCUCGGGGUCAGACGGAGAACGCGAAGCUCUGCUGGCUGUCGGCCGUAAAGCUCGGGUGAGAUAUACCGGCAAGAUUCCGCUGUACACCGACACGAUCGCGGAGCUGGCGAAGUGUGAGACCCCGCGGGAGACCGAGGCGUUCAUUAAGGUGAUCGACAUGCACCGACUGCUCAAUUCCAAGGUCAAGGCGCAACACUUUGCACAUUUCUGUAGUACGAGGCUGGAGCUGCCAGUGUUGAGUGUCAACACCCUGGCCACGAUCAUUUUGUCACUGCAAAAGUACGCGGCCGAGUCUGAUGUCGUUACGUGCAUCCGGGAUUGCUUCUGUGCCAAGAAGAGUAUGGCGUGUUUGCAGCUGAAGAACAAGGUGGAUACCAAGUUCCCCAUGUUCGACUUGAUCUAUCAUCGUAUUCGGUCGGAUACGGAGCGCGAGGCUAUUCUAAAGCAUUUCGAAGCAGAAGCAGCGGCGCUGCGUACGUCGCCGAAGUUCUUCGCACCGAUCAAGCUAUUGUGUGACAUCGACGACACAAUGCUGGCCGCACUCUUCGACACGCGCUACCCAGAGCUUACGGUGUAUCCAGGUGUUCAUCAAUUUGCUCAAGAACUGCUUCGACGCUCGGCUACAAUUUCAGCUGAUACCGCUGACCGACAUAGUGGAUACGAACGUGAAGAUAGCGAUGACAACGAUGACCUUGAGGCUGGGAUUACUGCCGGAUCGAAGAAACCAAAGGAUGUGCAGCGUGUAGCUUUCCUCACUGCGAGGCCUGAAUUUUUACGCAAGCGAUCCUUACAAGAACUUCGUGCUUGCGGGUUCCAGCACUUCACACUUUUAAUGGGUCGCUUCGCCAAUAUGUGGGGAUCACAACGCAUUGCGUCAGGAAAACUUCGGGUACGUAAAGCUUGUCAGAUAUUAAUUCAAAAUGAUGUGCGAAUUAUUAUUGUCAUCAUGGUCAGAAUUUUGUUCGAUUCAAGCGCGUGUUUGCAGAGCAUCGGUUUGUAUUCGUGGGUGACAACGGCCAGGGUGACAUCGAUCUGGGCAAGGAGUUGCUGAAGAAUCCGCACUUGUACGCUGUAUCUGCUGUGCUGAUCCACGACGUGAUUCGCAACCACGCCACAGGCAAACCGCUGAGUCAGCAUUCGUACCGUGGGAAAGAGUGCAACCAGAGCGGCAUUCACUCUUUCCGCACUUACAUUGGCGCAAGCUUUCACCUGUACGUGCUGGGACUUUUGCCCUUAUCUGCCGUCGUCCGUGUCGUGGAGAAAACUGCAUUGGCCUAUGCUGCCAUUGUGUUUGAUUCUCGUGAGCAGAAGAGAAACCUCGCACAAGAAAUUAUUGCUGAUGUGGCUGCAGUGGUAAAUGAAUUACCUGAUCAACAAGCGAUGGCUCUAUUGUCGUCCCUCCAUGACGAUCUGGUAGGCAAUGGUGAUGACGAAUUGGACGACCAGAAGUCGGAGUUACAACAGCGCCUUGAAGUUGUAAGGAAGAACGCGAUGAAGUCGCAGCAGACAUCACUUAACAAUGUCCAAGAGAUCGUGUAAGACCGGGAAUAAUGAGCAGCACAAUGUACAAUAGGUGUCGAUGUCCUAACAGGAAACAAAACCGCAAACUCGUGUUUUCGUCGAAAAAGCAGUGGCGACAUAUUCAGUCAUUCAGUGUACUUGUUGCCGUGUAUUUGCAAAAUCUAAUCGACUUUUUUGGAGACGCUGUAGAUUGCACCGUCGAUCAUACGAGCGACAGCGAAGACGCCACCCACGAUGGCACUGGUACUGGUGAGGAAGUGUAGUACAGACGGCUUGGAUUCAAUGUAUUCCACAGCAAUGGGAGAAAACUCGUAGGAAA